AUGCCGCGCGAGACGGACGCACGCGCCGAGCGCUCCGCUCCCGAGCCCGCUAACAUGCGUACGACUGCUCCAGCGGACAGGGCCGCGUCCCUGCACGCUACUGGGGUCGAGUCGAGUACGUCAGAGACGCUACCGAGCACCUCUGAUAGUACUCCUCCCCCAACGAGCGUCGACGAAAGUGUUAUCAACUGUGCACAUGCAGUUCGCGUCACCCGUGUUAGUGAUACUGCGUUUUCGAUCACGCGCGAGUGUUGUGCGUCGAUGCAGCAGCCAUUGGAGACGCCUCCGGACGUCCCCACAACGCAGCAGGACAGCGAAGAUGCACUGCAGCUACUUUUAGGGCUGAUGCCACAUGCAGCCACUGCUCCUCUUGGCGACGACACGGAUAAUGAAGAGGAGGAGAUGCAGGUGGAAAACCCACAGGCAAACGCCCAAGCCAGUUCGUCACGAUCCUCGCGAAAGAGGCAGAAAUCGGACGACGAGUCCUCAGCCCCGGACGCGCGCAAAUUCCGGAAGGAAAACGCGCCAACCGGGACAACACCGCGACGCCGCGCGCGCGCCCCAAGGGUUGACAAAGACGGCUUCACGCCAGCGAAGAAGACCGCAAAACCCAGGCAACAGCUGACCACAGCACCCCUUGGCACAAGCAAUUCCUUCGACGCCCUCAGCGACUCGGAAGACGAGGACCUGGCGCUGCCACCACCGCAACAGCGACAGACGCCGCCGCCGCUCGUGAUCAAGUUUGAAGGGCAUUUUCGCGAGCUUCAGAACGCUCUUAACUUGCUGAUCGGCAGGGACAAUUAUAGUGUCAGCGUGUCAGGCGAAGACCUGCACAGAGUGAAAGUUAAGAGCAGUGAACACUUCGCAAAACAACGGCGAGUUCCGGCGGGAAACUCUCACCCACGUGGAGCCCCAGCGCCCGCCAACAGCCGGACAAAGAGAAGACGCGGUCGCCGAGGCCGCGCCACCGGAAGAGCGCAUUCCGGAGCGGUCGUCAACCCCGGCCAGCAGCAGGGGAACUCCAACGCCCGGAACAAAGAACCGCAGCGGCACCACAGGCAGCCGCAGAACACCGCCCCGGCAGCAAAAGGAAAUGGCGGACCAGCUCCGCACGCCGCCAUACUCCAGGUACCUGCGCGCCAACCCGCUGCCCCUGCAGCAGCUCACCAGGCCGUAGCUCCGCCCUCCCCGCCGCAGCGCGAGGCCAGGACGGCGGCGCAGCGGGUGGUAGCCCCGCCUCCCGCGCCCCUGCCACGGCAAGCGGCCCCCUCGGCCGUUCCGCGCACCGGCCGGGCGGACCAAUCAGCGCAGCCCGCCCCGGACCAGAACAGCAUGGCGGACUUUCCGGAGCCGCGAUGGCGGCAGCAGCGGCCAACCACGGCUCAGCAGCGACCUCCACGGCAGCAGCGGCCAACCACGGUACAGCAGCAAACUCCCGCAGCCCUCGUCGACGCCUGUCAACAAAAUGGCGGCAUCCGGGAGACUGGAAGCGGCCAUGUUGUCGGGCCCCGACAAGAUGGCGACCGCAUUGACCGCCUCCUCGACACAAUGCAGCACAUGAUGGCUCGGAUGUCCGAGCUAAUGGCCGCAGUACACCAG